AUGGCCAGCCAACCUACUAUUCGUCUCGCGACGCCCGAGGACGUCCCCCUCAUUCUCCAAUUCAUUUGCGAACUGGCAGACUACGAAAAAGCUCUCCAUGAGGUCGAGGCAACCGAGCAAUCCCUCCUGGAAACCCUCUCCUUCCCCGAUACCCCGCCCAAACGCGGCGCCGUCUACACAGCCCUCAUCACCCCUCCACCAACACCUGAAAAUACAAACCCCAUCCCCGUCGGCAUGGCCCUCUACUUCUACAACUACUCUACUUGGCGCUCCGCACCAGGCAUCUACCUUGAGGAUCUGUAUGUGCAGCCCAGCGCGCGCGGCCACGGGUACGGCUUCAAGUUGCUCAAGUACCUUGCUAAGCAGGUGCUUGAGGUUUCUGGACGCAGGCUCGAGUGGAGUGUCCUCACUUGGAACGAGCCUAGUAUUCGGUUCUACGAGCAGGUUGGUGCGAAGGGUAUGGAUGAGUGGAUGAAGAUGAUGGUUGAGGGGGAUGCGUUGACUAAAUUGGCCGAGGGCGCUUAG